UGUGCUGCUAGAAGUCGCAACCGCCGCACCCGUCCGAUCGAGUGUAAAACGUGAAAAUCGGUUCGCAUUUCCCAAUCAAGAAAAUGUACAAAUACUUGGCGAUCGUUGCAGUGGUGCUGGCGUGUAAUGCCGGAAGCACAUCGGCCUAUUUUUGUUUUAACUGCACCACGGCCGAAAACCCCAACUGUUUGAACCCGGACACCAACAAUCUGAUGUUAGAAUGUCCCCCGUCCCCUCUGACCUCCUGCUUUACGCGCAUAGUCGGCCAACACGUUGUGCGUGGCUGUGCCGCGGCAUUGUCGCAAACGGAAGUGGGCAACUGUAACGAGGUGAACAACUGCCAGCUGUGCACGAACGAUAUCAAUGUUACCCCGGUCUGCAACGGUAAUCUGUUCCCGCAUGGACGCCUUACCUGCCACCAUUGCGAAGGACCGACCAACAGUUCCGAAUGUUCGGAGGAAAUUUCGACCCCACCACGGCCCUGCCUGCUUUUCCAGCCGGACGAUCAGUGCUUCGUGCAGGUCGAAAGUGAAACCGUGAUCCGUGGGUGCACCUCGUCCAAUACGGGCUGCAGUACCAACCGGAACUGCCACACGUGCUCCGGAAACGGGUGUAACUUUAGGCACUUUGAGCACAGUGCCGCCAGUAGCUUGAUGUCGAUCGGUUGGGUUAAGCUGCUCGUCGGUGCCAUCACGAUCGGUGUUGCCGUCGGCCAUCGGUCAUAGGCGGGACUCGGACAACGCAGCGAAUAUGUGUAGUUUGUAAUGUGUAGCAUUUAGAGCAACCAUGCCUUAUUCCGGAAAAUGGAACGACUUCAAUAAAGAAACAGU